AUGGCCUCCGAGAGAGCAAUCGACCGGGAAGAGCGACAGGGCCUGCGUGCCAUUCGCAACUUCCUCAAAGCCCGCAAUAGUUACGAUGUGCUGCCCCUCAGCUUCCGACUCAUCAUCUUCGAUACCUCGCUCUCCGUUAAGGAGAGUCUUAACAUCCUGAUCCAGAAUGGCACGCUAACUUUGAGCCGGAUACCGGGCGAUACAGGCAUUGUCUCAGCACCAUUGUGGGACUCGAAGGCGUCGAAAUUCGCUGGACUCCUAACCACCUCCGACUACAUUAAUGUGAUCCAAUACUAUUUCCAGAACCCAGCGGCGCUGGACCAGAUCGAUCAAUUCCGCCUGGACAGUCUGCGAGAAGUUGAAAAGGCAUUAGGUGUCGCACCACCAGAGACUAUUUCAAUCGAUCCUGAGCGUCCUCUGUACGAAGCGUGUCGGCGCAUGCUGGAAUCGCGCGCCCGUCGUAUCCCCCUCGUCACCAGCGAUAGUCAGACCGAGCGGCCCCACGUUCUCAGCGUCAUUACGCAAUACCGUAUCUUGAAGUUUGUUGCUGUUAACGUACCUGAUACGCAGCAGCUGCGUCGCCCGUUGGGAGAAUUGUUGCUUGGUUCGUAUGAUAAUGUUGCUACGGCUUCGAUGGAUACGCCUGUUAUUGAUGUCAUUCAUAUUCUGGUCGAGCGCAGUAUCUCCAGCGUGCCAAUUGUGAACUCGGAGGGUGUAGUGUACAAUGUCUUUGAGUCGGUUGAUGUUAUCACUUUGAUCAAGGGUGGUGUUUAUGACGAUUUGAGUCUGACUGUGGGAGAAGCGCUAAAGAAACGUUCUGUGGGAUUCCCUGGAAUCUACACCUGCUCUCUCAAUGACGGACUGGAUACUAUCUUUGACACUAUUCGCAAGUCCCGGGUCCACCGUCUUGUCGUUGUGGAUGAGCACUUCAAGCUUAAGGGUGUGUUGACCCUGAGUGACAUCCUGCACUACAUUCUCCUUGAAGGAGAGAAUGAAGAAGCAUGA